CUGGCCAUAACCAACAGAGGGCAUUGUGGGAGAAUGUGUCAGCUCUGAGGGGGACGACGACGUGUAAAUCUUAAUAACGGGGAGAGAAGACGGAUCGGGACUCUCUCAAAACGACACACAAAAAAAAGAUUCAUCAUGAACCGUCCGACAUCAAAGUGUAUCAUGCUAAACAUCUAACGGAAAGCGAUUGAAUGUGUUUGAUUCGGUCUUCAAUGGCUCGUAAGACGUCGUCCAAAAACCACUUUAUCUAAGUUGGCGUUGCUAAGGACAGUUGGCUAACUAGCUAGCGUUGUGGUUAGCAUUAUCUUCUCUCUCCAACGGAGGACAAGGGGGAACAGUUGGACGCACUGCUCGGCUAGCGGGCUGUUAGGCUAGCAACUUAGCUAACUUAGUUACGUUGUUUCUUUAUACCCGACUCACUCAGUUUGACAAUUUAACUUCAAAGAAAAUAAUUGUGAAUGUAUGACGUUUUUUGUUGUUGUAUUUAGCUACUACUAGAGCUAUCAGCUAACAAACCAGCAAGAUUAUCAUAUUCAUAAAAGUGUUGCUUUGAGAUUUGAAGCAUUUGAUCCAGACCCUGUUGGAAGGACAGCAGCAGAUCAGCUGUGAUGGCUACAGAUAUUAUCGAGAGUGAGGUGGUGUUGAAGGCUGCGGGUGAUAACGAUGCGAGUCUGAACAAUAGCCCAGACCUAGACACACCCAGGAUGUAUGAGAGCCUGGGAGGAGAUAUCAGAGACACUCCGAGCCCUUCGUCUUCGGCAGUGUCAGGAGGAGAAGAGGAGGAAGAUUUAGAAGACCUGCAAAACAGCAGCACAGAGCUUUCAUUGGAAAAUGGCGAAGAGGCCGCAGGAGCAGGGCUUCAGAGGCCAACCCAAACAGGAGGUCCGCCGCAGGAAACGGUGACUCCAGACAAUGGAGAAAAACAGGAGGAAAGGGUGGAGGUGGUGCUAUGCUCCACUCCCGUCAGAAUGCCCCAGACAUACUCGACCUCUGGACAUAAUGGAAGUCUGGAGCGCCAGGAGUCUGUUGCGACCACCGAGGCUCGUCUCCGCAUGGAGGGGGUGGAACUUAAAGAGGAGUGGCAGGACGAGGACUUCCCCAGGCCCCUACCUGAGGAGGAAGAGGAGGACAUUCAGCUGGGUGAAGAUCUCUUCACUGGACCCUCUGGAGAAGGACAGUCUGCUUCUGCAGGGGGCUAUUCUGCUCUGAGUGGUGGUAAGAAGACUAAGAAGAAGCUGGCUGCCCCAGACAUCAGCCUGACUCUGGAUCGGAGUGAAGGAUCUCUGCUGUCUGAUGAGCUGGAGGAGGAGAGUACAGAGCUAGACCUGGAUGAUAUAGACACACCAUCUGACAACAGUAAUGAGUUUGAAUGGGAAGAUGACCUGCCGAAGCCCAAGACCACUGAGGUUCUGCAGAAGGGGGUGGAGUCGGUCCAGGUGUACUCGGCCUCCGAGGAGCGGGAGGAGGGGCGGCGUUGGAGAGUGUUCCGUAUAGGAGACCAGGAACACAAAGUCGACAUGAAGGCAAUAGAACCCUACAAGAGGGUCAUCAACCACGGAGGUUACUAUGGAGAUGGCCUGAAUGCCAUCAUAGUGUUUGCCGUGUGUUACAUGCCUGAGAGCAACCAACCCAACUACCGCUACAUCAUGGACAACCUCUUCAAGUAUGUGAUCGGCACUUUGGAGCUCUUGGUAGCAGAGAACUAUAUGAUAGUGUAUCUGAACGGCGCCACGUCCAGGAAGAAGAUGCCCAGUGUGGGCUGGCUCAGGAAGUGCUAUCAGCAGAUCGACCGCAGGUUAAGGAAGAAUUUGAAGUCGUUGAUUAUUGUCCACCCCUCCUGGUUUAUCCGCACCCUCCUGGCCCUCACCAAACCCUUUAUAAGCUCAAAGUUCAGCCAGAAGAUCCAAUUUGUGUUCAACUUGACAGACCUUUCUGAACUGGUUCCUAUGGAAUACGUCUCUAUUCCAGACUGCAUUAAAGAGCUCGACCAGGAGAAACCCGUCAGAGUGGAGAUGGCAGCCAUGCCAGAGACAGAGUAAGACUACCUGGGCGGCUUGCUAGCUCUGCUCUGUCUGCCCUGCACAGCUCCAGACCGAUGACGAAUGUUCAGAACCACAGCUGAUCAGCCUUUACUGUUGAUAAUGUGUGUUGCAACUGGAGAGACUUAGAGAGCUAGCCCAGGUGCAGGAGAAGAUAAGUACCUUUCUGAGACCAUUCUCCCUGUUACUUUGUUACAACCCUCUAACUCUCCUUUUGUCAUUGUUACGACCCUCUCGCUCCCUCUCUCAUUGUGGCAACCCUCUCUCUCCCUCUCUCAUUUUUACGAGCCUCUCUCUCCCUCUCGCUCCCUCUCUCAUUGUGGCAACCCUCUCUCUCCCUCUCUCUCCCUCUCUCAUUGUGGCAAUCCUCUCUCUCCCUCUCUCUCCCUCUCUCAUUGUGGCAACCCUCUCUCUCCCUCUCUCUCCCUCUCUCAUUGUGGCAAUCCUCUCUCUCCCUCUCUCUCCCUCUCUCAUUGUUACGACCCUCUCUCUCCCUCUCUCAUUGUUACGACCCUCUCUCUCCCUCUCUCUCCCUCUCUCAUUGUUACAACCCUCUCUCUCCCUCUCUCAUUGUUACGACCCUCUCUCUCCCUCUCUCAUUGUUACGACCCUCUCUCCCUCUCUCAUUGUGGCAACCCUCUCUCUCCCUCUCUCAUUGUUGCGACCCUCUCUCUCCCUCUCUCAUUGUUGCGACCCUCUCUCUCCCUCUCUCAUUGUUACGACCCUCUCUCUCCCUCUCUCAUUGUUACGACGACCCCUCUCUCUCUCCCUCUCUCAUUGUUACGACCCUCUCUCUCCCUCUCUCAUUGUUACGACCCUCUCUCUCUCUCCCUCUCUCAUUGUGGCAACCCUCUCUCUCCCUCUCUCAUUGUGGCAACCCUCUCUCUCCCUCUCUCAUUGUUACGACCCUCUCUCUCCCUCUCUCAUUGUUACGACCCUCUCUCCCUCUCUCUCCCUCUCUCA